CCACUGGUAUCCACUAUAACUAUCCACUGCACCUCCACAAUCUAACAAUCUACAAUUCACCAUCCACCAAGAAACUGCUUAAUCCCCUUUCCCUUCAAUUUUCCAAGUCCCACUAUCCCCAACAGAUCACUCCUUUGAUCUGACUUUAUCCUUACCACUUGGCUUGGUUAUAAUCAAGGUACACCCAAUAAGGAUUUCACAAUGAGUUCUCCUCUACGUAUGAACAUGGACUCCGCAAAUCGCGGCACUGCCCCUCGUGCGAAUCGUAAACGAUCGCGCACCGGCGGUGAUGGCGCUUCUUCAGCGGCUGCCUCUAGUCCUAUGCCCUCCUCCCCUCCUGCCUUCAACAUUGCUCAUGGCGGUGACGACGAUGACGAUAUCGAGGAAGAGGUCGAAGUCGAGGAUGACCUGGAAGACCUCGAUGAGAUGGCCGAAGAUGACGUAGAUCUCUUCCGCGAGGGCUUCGAGCGAGAUUACAGAGAAAAGGAUGACAAUGAUGGUUACGAAGGAAUCGAUAUCGAUGAUGAAGGCGAAUUCGACGAGAUGAAUAUCGGUGAAAGGCGACGUCUAGAAGCACAGUUGAACCGCCGAGACCGAGAGGUUGAUCGUAGACGGAGAAUGCCACAAGCUUUCCUUCAAGAUGAGGACGAGGACGGUGAUAUAGACUUGACCGCCCAGCCCCGUCGACGUCGUCACCACUACGACGAAGACCCUGAUGAUGAAAUGGACCAAGAUAUUUUGGACGAGGAGCUCUCUCUUGAAGCUUUACAAGACGUAAAAGCCUCAAGCUUGACCGAUUGGGUAUCCCAACCUUCAGUGCAGCGCACUAUUAAAAGAGAAUUCAAGGCCUUCUUGACAGAGUAUACCGACGACAGUGGCUCUUCAGUCUACGGCAAUCGUAUUCGAACCCUCGGUGAGAUCAACGCCGAAACCCUUGAGGUAUCAUAUGAUCAUCUCUCCUCGUCAAAGGCCAUCCUCGCGUACUUCCUCGCCAACGCUCCCGCCGAAAUGCUCAAGCUAUUUGACGAUGUAGCUAUGGAAGUUGUUCUUCUUCAUUAUCCCGACUAUGAACGUAUCCACUCGGACAUCCACGUUCGAAUUUUCGACCUGCCAGUUCACUACACUCUCCGUCAGCUGAGACAAUCGCAUCUGAACUGCUUGGUUAGAGUGAGCGGUGUGGUUACCCGACGAACAGGCGUUUUCCCUCAGCUUAAAUACGUCCGAUUCGACUGUACCAAGUGUGGCGUGACGCUAGGCCCUUUUCAACAGGAAUCCAGCGUUGAGGUUAAGAUUUCAUUCUGUCAGAACUGCCAGUCUCGAGGACCCUUCACUUUGAACUCGGAGAAGACGGUCUACCGAAAUUACCAGAAGUUGACUCUCCAAGAAUCGCCCGGAACGGUCCCUGCUGGUCGUUUGCCCAGACAUCGAGAGGUCAUUCUUCUAUGGGAUCUUAUCGACAAAGCGAAGCCUGGUGAGGAGAUCGAAGUCACCGGUAUCUACAGAAACAAUUACGAUGCGCAACUAAACAACCGUAAUGGGUUCCCUGUGUUUGCCACCAUCUUAGAAGCAAACAACGUCGUCAAGGCUCACGACCAACUUGCUGGCUUCAGACUUACUGAGGAAGAUGAGCAUAACAUCCGUAAACUUUCUCGCGACCCCCAAGUUAUAGAGAAGGUAAUCAAUUCGAUUGCACCCAGUAUCUAUGGUCACACCGAUAUCAAGACGGCUGUUGCUCUAUCACUUUUCGGUGGCGUCGCUAAGACAACGAAGGGUGCCCAUCACGUGCGAGGAGAUAUCAACGUUCUUCUACUUGGUGAUCCGGGUACAGCCAAAUCCCAGGUGCUCAAGUACGUUGAAAAGACCGCACAUCGUGCUGUUUUUGCCACUGGUCAAGGAGCUUCAGCUGUCGGUCUCACGGCUAGUGUCCGUCGAGACCCUCUGACUAGCGAAUGGACCUUGGAAGGAGGUGCUCUGGUGCUCGCCGACAGAGGCACGUGCCUCAUCGAUGAGUUCGAUAAAAUGAACGAUCAAGACCGAACGUCUAUCCACGAAGCCAUGGAACAGCAAACAAUUUCCAUUUCCAAGGCUGGUAUCGUUACUACUCUACAGGCUCGGUGUGGUAUUAUUGCAGCGGCUAAUCCAUUGGGUGGCCGCUAUAACUCUACCAUCCCGUUUUCAUCCAACGUCGAACUAACGGAGCCUAUCCUGUCUCGUUUCGAUAUCCUUUGUGUUGUACGUGAUACUGUAGACCCCGCCGAAGAUGAACGUUUAGCACGAUUCAUCGUCGGUUCACAUAGUCGCAGUCAUCCAACUACCCAGGCAACCCAGGCAACGGACGGUUCUAUGGAAGUUGAACAUGAUUCCGAGACAACACAAGAAACCGAAGCGCAGCAAAAGAAAGAAAACGAGAUCCCCCAGGAAUUGUUGCGCAAAUAUAUCUUGUAUGCACGAGAGCACUGCCAACCCAAGCUCUUACAUAUGGACGAAGACAAGGUAGCGCGACUAUUCGCAGAUAUGCGACGAGAAUCACUAGCCACGGGUGCUUAUCCUAUUACUGUCCGUCACUUGGAAGCCAUUAUUCGAAUAUCCGAGGCCUUCUGUCGGAUGCGAUUGUCAGAAUACUGUACAGCUCAGGAUAUUGAUCGGGCUAUCGCUGUCACUGUGGACAGUUUCAUCGGCAGCCAAAAGGUCAGCUGCAAGAAGGCUUUGGCACGAGCGUUCGCCAAAUACACCUUGUCUAGACCCAGUGGUGGUCCGUCUGCGCGUAGAGGUGCACAAGCGCGUAGAAGUGCCGCAGUGGCUGCCUAAGCCUUGGGAAUAGCAGUUUGAAUUGGCGUUGGCAAUCGCAAUGAAAGGGACACUAGGAUAUUGAUAGCAUGAUUUUCCAUCAGGUGUGAAUAGUCUAACCUACGAUAAUGUUGACAAUGAUGAAGUAAUGAAGCAGAUU